UGGUGAGCGAAUGGAAAAGAUGCAGAGCUCUUCGCCGCUCUCUUCUGCUUCGACUUCUUUCUCUCCACUCCAUCUCCUCCCCAACAGCCGACGCCUAGAAGCUCUUCCUGUAAGCUAUUGCAGAAGACCACUUGCAUCUCAGUCACGGGCACUACUUCGGUUGAACUGUUCGCGUUUCUAUCGGCAUACCCUCAACGCUCUGCAGAGCACUGUGAUUGAAGAAGUUGUUGAAACCAGUACCAAUGAGUCGGAAUUCGUUGAAAUUGGAUACAUAGCCGCUGCUCAUGGGCUUCAAGGAGAGCUACGUGUACAACCCAGCACUGAUUUUCCUGAGCUGCGAUUUACACAGCCAGGAAAGAGAUGGUUGAGGGAGCGAAUCUUGGGUAGGGAAAUGAGUCGAGAAGUUGAGCUGGUUGAUGGAAGAAGUCACCCUGGGCAGAAGAGUUGGAUAGUUAGUCUAAGUGGAAUUGAUACGGUCGACAAGGCUAAACAACUAGUGGGCUCAACUUUUCUUGUAAGGGAACAUGACAGGCCAGUCCUGGAAGAUGGUGAAUUUUAUACCCCUGAUCUUGUUGGCAUGGCAGUUAUUCAUAAGGACACAGGCAAACCAGUGGGAACUAUUGCUGAUGUCUUCAAAAGUGGAGUGAAUGACCUCCUACGGGUUAGGCUCAACUCAUCUGAAGAAGUGCUUGAUCGGACUGGUUCUUCAAUUUCAGAAAAAGAUGCUUCUGGUCCCUUUGUGUGGAUCCCUUUUGUUGAAGCAAUUGUUCCAGAUGUUGAUAUGACGAGAAGAGAAAUGCAUAUCACACCCCCAAAGGGGCUUCUUGAGUUGAAUUUACGUUCCGACUAUAGGUCCAAAAAAGAAAGGCGCCAACUGGAGUGGAAACAAAGAAAGAAAUUCCAACAGCGUCUCAUAGCAGCCAAAAAGAAACUGUGUGAAAUGAAGCAGCAACAUAUUUUUCAUGGGUUCAGAUGUGGUGAGAAAGCGCAAAGGAGCCUGCUAGCAGAUCAGAUUGUGGGUGUAAAUUCUCACUUGCUUCAACAGGCAAUGCUGAAUACUGGAAUACCCUCUGAAAGAUGGGAUUUUUCCAAGUUUAUCUGUUCUAAUGCAACCAAGCUAUCGAAAAAUCCCUUGAAGAUACCAAAGGAUGGCUUCACUUGUUCUGAACAUACAGGGAAGCUCGACAGAAAUCAUCAACUGCAACAAAGGGGAAUUGAUCUCAUGUUAAAAGGAAAAGUUGCCAUUAUUCUAGUAGUGGAUGCCAAUGACAAUUAUGCCAUUGGCUUGGACACUAAUCUUUGUCAUUCUGAAAGUGUUAAGGAGUCAUCCAAUGCGCUCCUUCUUCAGUCAUUACUUGAUGAUGAAAGGAGAUUUUUGAAGAUUGACAAAGAAUGUGUCUCACUACCUUUGAUGAUGGUUUCCCCCACCCAUGACGUCCAACCAUUCCAAAAGCUUUUUUCCGAUUACGACUACUUUUUUCUGGACAAGGAAAAGGUAUGGUUCUUCGAAGAGGCGAAGCUGCCUGUUGUUAUCAGUUCACCAGAAGAGCAAAACGAGUACAUGGUUCUAAUGAAGUCACCAUGGGAAAUACUCCAGUCACCGGUGGGAUCUGGAGGAGUCUUCAGCUUACUUUCAUCCAAUAACAUUAUAGAGAUUCUCACCGAAAUGGGCGUGGAGUAUGUGCAGGUAAGCAGCUUGGUUCAAAACUCUGUUGUUGGAUAUCCAUUGUUUUUUGGGUUAGUUGAUUCCCGCGAGGCAGAUAUUGGUGUCAAAAUCAACAAAAUGGACGAUUCUGACCAACAUUUUGACAUGAUAUUCUCCAUGAAGUUUCUGAAAAAUAUAUCAAAGCAAAUCGAUAAACUUCAGUAUUAUACUAUCGCGAAGCAAAAUGCAUAUGUUGAGAAGGUUGAUAAGGAAUGGGUUGAUGUUGUGCCUGCCUCACCCAAUUCAUAUGAGAUACAUUGUUCAAUUUACAGUUCCUUGAAUGCCUGCCCUUCUGAUAAGAUCUGUGUAAUGGAGCUUACAGAUUGAGAUAUGCGAAGCAGUAUAUAGGCUGCAACUGCUGUCUGAGACUUCCAUGGACUGAUUAGCAUGCAAAUCUGUAGUUCUAUGUACAGGGCUCUGUAUAUUAUCAA